AUGUUGGUGGGGCGCUCCGAAUCCCUCGAUGACUCGAUCCGACCCCUGAGAUCCAGACGGGGUUGUACAACCUGCAAGACCCGCCGGGUGAAAUGUGGCCAGGAAAAGCCGACGUGCGUGCGAUGCAGCCGCACCGGUCGCCGCUGCGAGUACAGCCGCCCGACCGCGUCCUUUGCUUCGGCCCCGGCCACGCGGACGGUGCUCGACCAUCCCCUGUCAUCCUCGCCCAACACCGUGUGGCGGGAGCGUCGCGCCUUUGCCUACUAUUUUCACGAGGCGGCCGUGUCUGUGGGCGGUGUGCUGGACGUCGACUUCUGGCGUACGAUCAUUCCGCAGGUGUGCCGGAAUGAGCCGGCCGUGUGGGAUGCCAUGAUCGCGCUCAGUGCGCUGCUGGAGAGCCCCGACCUCUCUCCGGACGUGAUCACCUUCCGCCGGCAUCAUAGUCUCGCUCUCAACGAGAGUCAACGAGACGCGCUGGGCUGGUACUCCCGCUCGGUAGAGGCCGUUCGUCGGCACAUUGAGCGGGGCGGCGUCGACCUCUUCGUCGGCCUGGUGACCUGCGUCUUGUUCAUCUGCAUCGAAGCUCUGAUGGGUGGUAUGCGGGAGGCCGCGCAGCUCUAUGACCAGGGCGUCCAGCUCAUUCUCACGUUGCGCAGCCAAGUCGCCGGUGGCGUGGUGACAGGGGACCAGGCUUCCUUGCUGGAAGACACCAUAGUUCCCAUAUUCGUUCGGCUCGGAAUGCUGUCGACGCACAUCAUCGCCCUCCCCGUGCACGCUCUCCUGACUGCCGCCGGGCAUCCAACGGCGACCCGCUUUCCGUCUCUCAAGGCGGCCCGGGAGGCGAUCGUUCUACUGGCCGCCGAGGUCCAGGCCUUCGAGCAGACCUGCAAUGAUUAUCUCCUCAUGUCGCGGGCAUCCCGGGUUACGGACGAGCUAAUGCAGCGACAGCAGAGUCUAUCUACGAGACUGGAAGCCUGGUAUUCAGCCUUUACCGCGUUGACGGAAACCCCAUUGAGCCCCGGUCCUUCGUCAUGCCCGCUGUUCAGCACCGGUGCUUUGCUCCUGACGUAUUAUGACAUGUCCGUUGUGAUCCUCGCAGUCUGUGUCACGCAGUCACGGAUCGGCCAUGAUGCGUGCUUACAGAACUUCCGAAAUAUCGUCGAGCAAUCACGCAUCGUCAUACAUGACCUGUCGCCCGAGGACGGGGCGCCGCCGCUGUUUACCUGCGAGAUCAGCGUUGGCUUUCCCCUCUGGUUCACUUGCCUUCGCUGUAGCGAUCCAACCACCCGGCGCGCGGCGCUCGCCCUACUACGGCGAGCGCACAAGGUGCAAGGAUUUAGUAACCGUGACCACGGGGCGACGGUGGGGGAAUGGGUGAUUUUGCUGGAGGAAACGUACGGCAUGGCGCUCAGUGCAGGCCAAACCACGUGCGGGACGGCAGCAGUGGAGGCACAGAAUGCCGUUGUCGGGCGUUCUUCCCACACUCGUGAUAUGGACGACAUCAGCCACCUCCUGAGCACCUUGGAUCUCCAAUUGGCGAGCAGCCCUAGCCCCUCAUUUUCGGAGAUUGAGCCCAUAGCGCCGUCGGCAGAGCUCAUCCCAGAAGAGGCACGCAUCCGGCCGCACGGUGUGUUUCGUCCGCGAGAUGGCUUUCCCCUGGGGACCCCCGAGGCCGACCUCACCAAGUGGAGCCGAAGCUCGGAUCAAACGUACUUGCAGUUUUCGAGAACGGAGCGUGAUCGGUCUAACGACACUUGGCGGGUAAUCUACAGCUAUAUACCCAUUGAUCUUUAG